CAUGUCCGAAUCAACUAUAUAGUUCAGAUCAAAGAACGUGUUGCCCAAAGUGUUUGGACCCCCCUCCCCCCUCCACUUCCCUCUACCGACUCUCUGCUACAUUCUCUUUUGGUUGGUUUUUUCUUCAUUUACUGAUUUACUAAACGGUUUCAUCAAUUCGACCUGGUAUUCCGUAAACCACCAGCAGUUCGGUGUCGACACAUCCCACACUCACUCACCAUCACUUUUGCAACUUGCAACUCUCUGCAAUCAACUACUUUCGGUUUUGUGCUUUUCUUUCUCGCAGCCGACAGUCGUUUCAACCACGCAAAUUUUGAAUCAAUUUCGUGUGAUUUUUUACAACACAACACACACCUCACAUCGAGAUUAAAAACAAAGAAAGAUGCGUUUCUCAAUCGUCUUCCUCGCCUUAUCGGGCGGUGCAUCGGCUCUGCCCGCACUCAACGGUCUCACUGCCCGCCAACCCGUCGACCUCGUCAACCGCCGCGACAUCGAAUUCAAGGGCGCCGCAGCCCCCGCCCUCGUCGACGACAUGAGUCUCUCCCGCGCUGAGACGGUUACAGCACGCAAUGAAGAAGAGGCAGAGGAGGAGGAGGAGGAGGAAAGUGCAGCAGCAGUAGCAACGACAAAGACGAGGAGCAUGGACCCAGCGGCAGUAGAGCCUCGACAAGCGAAGCCGUCGGGGAGCGGCACCGCCAAGACCAAGACGUCAACGUCGAAAAAGGGCGAUCCGCGCGUGGAGGCGAUUGGCGACAACAAAGUCAACCCGACGACCGGGCUGACGGACUCGGAGGCGGCCGAGAUUGUCACCGGCCUCGAUCUGAAGAAUAAGAAGGCGCCCGGGUCGAUUGAUUCCAAGGGCAAGAGGAUUCCGUUGCCGGGUUUGAGCGCGGAUGAGACGGAUGCUAUUGUGAAGCAGGGGCAGGCUGCUCUCAAGGAUGCUGGUGCAUAGGUAGUCCGUGGGCCGAGGAUCUCGUGCGAGAAAUGAAUCAUGAAUACAAAGCUUUUUCCGCUGGGGCUGGAAUGCAUUACUGUUCAGUGACUACUUAGUUGAGG